AUCACAACAUUGUCGUAAAAGUUAAUUGACGACUUUGACGUUGGUAUAGUGUAUAUUAAUUAUAUAUAUUAUCAUAAAACCUGAUUUGUUUUUUUUUUGAAAAGUGGUGAGAAGAAAAACUAGAAAAGGUGCAAUCGGUUUGUCCACUGUCCAGUAUUGCCAGGGCUGUAUCGAUGAAAAUAGCAUAAUAAUAACAAAAAUUAAAAGAAAAAAAAAAAUCUAUUUUGACAAUAUUCCACCACACAAUCAUCAAACAGUCAAACGUAUUAUUACAACGCACAUAACCACUAAAAUAGCUGUGAUAAAAAUAAAUUAUUAAGCCGGAUAAAAUGGCUGAUAAGACAUUUGAUAUUGAAAAACCACUGUGGGAUUUGUCAACAUUUUAUGGACGAUGGAGACACUUUGCCUGGGUAACAGAUCCAAGAUCUUGUCUUGCCUCUGAUCAAGAGCUUCAUGAUGCUAAAAAAUUAUAUCAUUCUUACAAAAAUGGCCAAACGCCAAUGAAUGAUCAAACGUUACGUGCUAAAAAACUUUACGAGUCGGCAUUUCACCCUGACACUGGUGAACUUCAGAAUGUUUUUGGUAGAAUGUCAUGUCAAGUACCAGGUGGUAUGGCAAUCACCGGAGCAAUGCUUCAAUUUUACAAAACAACUGGAGCAGUAGUAUUUUGGCAAUGGGCAAAUCAAAGUUUUAAUGCACUUGUUAAUUAUACAAAUAGAAAUGCAAAUUGUCCAAUAACAACAAGUCAACUUACUACUGCUUAUGUCAGUGCAACAGCUGCUGCAAUGGUAACAGCUAUAGGAUGCAAAUCACUUUGGAAAAAUCUUUCAAAUCCAUUAAUUGCUAGAUACGUUCCAUUUGCUGCUGUUGCUGCUGCAAAUUGUGUUAAUAUUCCAUUGAUGAGACAAAAUGAAUUAAUUGAAGGUGUUGAUCUUGUUGAUGAAAAUGGCACAAAAUUAACUCAAUCAAAGGUUGCUGCUGCAAAAGGUAUCAGUCAAGUGACUGUAAGUAGAAUAAUAAUGUGUGCACCUGGAAUGUGUAUUCUUCCACCAAUAAUGGCUAAACUUGAAACCUACAAAUUGAUGCAAAGAAUUAAAGUAUUACAUGGACCAAUUCAAGUUAUUUUAUGUGGAUGUUUCUUGACCAUUAUGGUACCAACUGCUUGUGCAAUAUUUCCUCAAAAUUGUUCAAUCGAAACGAGUACCUUGAAAAAAUGGGAACCAGAAAGUUAUGAAAAAUUAAUUGAUAAUUGCAAGGGUGAAGAACCACCCAAGUAUCUUUAUUUCAACAAAGGAUUAUAAUAAUUGAAACUACUUAAAUAUUGAGACAAUAAUUACUUAAAUAAUAGAUAUCUCUUUGGAAUUAUUUUUCAUUAAAAGACUGUCUAGCAAUAAUUUUUAUACACAGCAAUAAGAAUUAGAUGCAUUUCUCUCUUUGUCUCUCUCUGUACAACUUGUUAUUUUUUUAUAAAAAAAAUGUAUAAACAUUAAGUAAUAAUUAAAAUACAUUUUGAAUUGAUAUUAA